AUGUCCUAUUCCCCCUUCAUGCCUCCUACUGCCUUCCAGUACUAUGUCCUAGUCCAGUAUGUCCCCCAGAGCUCCACAGCUGACGAAUUCAUCCGAGCGAAUGCCUGCAAUAAAUUGACCGUCAUCGCCGAGCAGAUCCGGUACUUGCAGGAGCAGGCUCGGAAGGUCUUGGAUGAAGCUAACAGAGAUGCUGAUCUGCACCAUGUGGCCUGCAACCUCGUGAAGAAGCCAGGAAACAUUUACUACAUGUACAGGCGGGAGAGUGGCCAGCGAUACUUCUCCAUCCUGUCUCCUAAGGAAUGGGGGACCAGUCCCCACGAAUUUCUCGGUGCCUAUAAGCUCCAGCACGACAUGUCCUGGACUCCGUUUGAGGACAUCGAGAGACGAGAUGCUGAAAUAAACAUCCUGGAUAAGCUGCUGAGCCGGCAGGCAGCGCUGCCCCCAUCUACAGAGCCCAACUUCCAGGGCCUGACCAAGUGA